GAACUUGGAGGAGGGCAGGGAUGCCAGGGACCUGGCACCUCCUGGCGUCUGGGGUGUAUGGGUGAUCGCAAGCUGGGUUAGAUUGCAGCCUUAGCCAUUGGUGUCGCAUGCACGUUGUAUGGCUAUAUACACGUUGCAGACAUCAAGGAGGCAGCAGGCUGUGUGUGUAGUUAUUCAGCUGCUAGGUGCUGCCGACACUGGGAGGAUUGUGAGUCAAGGGAGGGCUGUGUCACCGGGACAAGGGGGGGGGGAGGACUCGCUUCUCUCUGCUAAAUGUCUAUACACCGAUUUGUGCUCCAGAUGCUCGGACACUGAAGUGAGUUUGUGGACAUUGAUGACCGGGCACUAGUGACACAGAGCUGAAGAGGGGGACAGCAGAGGACUCUCCGCCACCAACCACCACAUCACCUACCUGCAGCCAUGAACAGCACUGACCCUAAGGAAUACCUCACCAAGAGGGAGAUCCCGCAGCUUUUCGAGGGUCUUCUUAAUGGAUUAAUGUCCUACAGACCUGACGAUCCGGUGGAUUACUUGGAACACUGCCUACAAAAAGUCAGGGAACUGGGUGGAUCAGAAAAAGUCAAGUGGGACACAUUUGUGGGACCAGACAAAAGAAAUUUACCUCCGCUCAAUGGUGGACAAGCACGAAGAUCGUUCUUAAGGAAUGUGUUACCAGAAAGUUGUAAUUUCCCAUACCGGCGGUAUGACCGGCUACCUCCGAUUCACCAAUUCUCCAUAGAAAGUGACACAGAUCUCUCAGAGACGGCUGAACUGAUUGAAGAAUAUGAAGUUUUUGACCCCUCAAGACCACACCCAAAAAUUAUACUGGUGAUUGGUGGGCCUGGAAGCGGUAAAGGGACCCAGAGCCUGAAAAUAGCCGAACGCUAUGGCUUUGAAUACAUAUCGGUGGGCGAACUACUGAGGAAGAAGAUUCACAACACGAGUAGCAACAGAAAAUGGAGUCUUAUCGCUAAGAUAAUAACCACAGGAGAAUUAGCUCCACAGGAAACCACAAUUACUGAAAUUAAACAAACAUUAAUGCAAAUUCCAGACUCGGAGGGAAUUGUUAUAGAUGGAUUUCCCCGGGAUGUGGCUCAAGCAUUGUCCUUUGAGGAUCAGAUCUGUACACCGGAUCUUGUGGUUUUUCUUGCCUGUGACAAUCACAAGCUGAAAGAACGGCUGCAGAAACGUGCAGAGCAACAGGGACGCCCGGAUGAUAACCUCAAAGCUAUUCAGAGGAGAUUAAUGAACUUCAAGCAGAACGCAGUCCCGCUGGUCAACUACUUCCAGGAAAAAGGUCUCAUCAUCACGUUUGAUGCUGACAGGGAUGAAGAGGAAGUCUUCUACGACAUCAGCUCGGCCGUGGACAAUAAGCUAUUUCCAGCUAAGGAGCCUGUAGCCGGACGCAGCGAGCUCGACCUAAGCCUUAUCGUAGACAUCGGGGAAGGAGCCGAGUCCACAUCAGACUUUGAUGACCAGAACGAGGAUAUUGCACAUACUUUCGGAGAUGACUAUCUAAGAGAGGAACUAAAGAAAACCAAAGUCAUAUUCAUGUUAGGUGGACCUGGAUCUGGAAAAGGAACUCAGUGUGAGAAACUAACACAGAAAUACGGCCUCACGUACCUGUCCAUGGCCGACCUCCUACACCGCGAGCUCGCAGCGGCCUCCGAGAGAAGUAAACUGAUAAAGGAUCUCAUGCAACACGAGAACCCGCUGCCAAUGGAUAUCAUUCUAGAAAUUCUGAAAGAUGCAAUAAGUUCCUCCCACGGAAGCACCAGAGGAUUCCUGCUCGGCGGUUUUCCCUGUGAGAUCAGACAGGCAGAGGAGUUUGAAUGCAGGCUCUGCGCACCAAGUCUGGUCCUGUACCUGGACUGUUCUGCUGAAACCAUGACCACACGGGUUGUCGGGAGAAGUAAGGUCAGUCACCGGAAUGAAGUCACCACAGAGAAUGUCAAGAGGAGGCUACAGAUGUUCUACCAGGCCAUGGAGCCCUUACUUACGUAUUAUGAGACCAAGUCUCUUCUGUGCAAGAUCAAUGCCGAGAGAUCUCCGGACAAGGUUUUCCUUCAGCUCUGCGCAUCAAUGGACUCAAUUUUCUGAGGAUCACGGGGAGUGGGCGUAAUUGACCCAGAGUCGGCAACAGAGCCUCGGAGGAAUGUGGACAUCUUGUAUAUUUACUCAUCUGUGGGCGCCUCCUCCUUCCACCAGUGCAUGCUGUCUGAACUCUAGUGGAAGAUCGCCGAUCGCUCUAUGGUCUAUGCUAUACACGUCACAUGGAAUGCUGCAGGCUUCAGUCACUUGAGGAAAUACACUGCUCAAAAAAAUAAAGGGAACACUGAGAUAACACAUCCUAGAUCUGAAUGAACUAAUCGUAUGAAAUAUUUUUGUCCUUACAUAGUUGAAUGCGCUGACAAGAAAAUCACACAAAAAUUAUCAAUGAAAAUCAAAUUUAUUAACCCACGGAGGUCUGGAUAUGGAGUCACACUCAAAAUUACAGUGGAAAACCCCACUACAGGCUGAUCCAACUUUAUGUAAUGUCCUUAAAACAAGUUACAAUGAGGCUCAGUAGUGUGUGUGGCCUCCACGUGCCCCUAUGACCUCCCUACAAUGCCUGGGCAUGAUCCUGAUGAGGUGGGGGAUGGUCUCCUGAGGGAUGUCCUCCCAGACCUGGACUAAAGCAUCCGCCAACUCCUGGACAGUCUGUGGUGGAUGGAGCGAGACAUGAUGUCCCAGAUGGGCUCAAUCGGAUUCAGGUCUGGGGAACGGGCGGCCAGUCCAUAGCAUCAAUGCCUUCCUCUUGCAGGAACUGCUGACACACUCCAGCCACAUGAGGUCUAGUAUUGUCUUGCAUUAGGAGGAACCCAGGGCUAACCGCACCAGCAUAUGGUCUCACAAGGGGUCUGAGGAUCUCAUCUCGGUACCUAAUGGCAGUCAGGUACCUCUGGCAAGCACAUGGACGGCUGUGCGGCCCCCCAAAGAAAUGCCACCCCACACCAUUACUGACCUACCGCCAAACUGGUCAUGCUGGAUGAUGUUGCAGGCAGCAGAAUGUUCUCCACAGCGUCUCCAGACUCUGUCAAGUGUAUCACAUGUGCUCAGUGUGAACCUGCUUUAAUCUGUGAAGAAUUUGCCAAUCUUGGUGUUCUCUGGCAAAUGCCAAAUGUCCUGCACGGUGUUGGGCUGUAAGCACAACCCCCACCUGUGGACAUCGGGCCCUCAUACCUCCCUCAUGGAGUCUGUUUCUGACCGUUUGAGUGGACACAUGCACAUUUGUGGCCUGCUGGAGGUCAUUUUUCAGGGCUCUGGCAGUGCUCCUCCUGCUCCUCCUUGCACAAAGGCAGAGAUAGCAGUCUUGCUGCUGGGUUGUUGCCCUCCUACGACCUCCUCCACGUCUCCUGAUGUACUGGCCUGUCUCCUGGUAGCGCCUCCAUGCUCUGGACACCACGCUGACAGACACAGCAAACCUUCUUGCCACAGCUCGCAAUUGAUGUGCCAUCCUGGAUGAGCUGCACUACCUGAGCCACUUGUGUGGAUUGUACCACUAGAGUGAAAGCACCGCCAGUAUUCAAAAGUGACAUUAGCCAGGAAGUAUAGGAACCGAAAAGUGGUCUGUGGUCACCACCUGCAGAACCACCCCUUUACUGGGGUUGUCUUGCUAAUUGCCUAUAAUUUCCACCUGUUGUCUGUUCCAUUUGCACAACAGCAUGUGAAAUUGAUUGUCAAUCAGUGUUCUUCCUUAGUGGACAGUGGGAUUUCACAGAAGUGUCAUUGACUUGGAGUUACAUUGUGUUGUUUAGGUGUUCCCUUAAUUUUUUUGAGCAGUGUACAAGCGCGUCAGGCGCGGCUCACACUGGGCAUUGGAUACUACACGGAAAACGGGGAGUGGAGUUUUUUUUUUUAAAGCAGCAUACUGGUGCAAAUGUGCUGUACACGAUUGUGUGUCUUACAUGCUUAGCAAGUCACGCUAAAUUUAUCGUGUCACGUGCGCUUGUUCCUAAAUCCUUGUAUCCUACAUUAUUGAUAAUGCGCCCCAUUGUACGAACUGCAGGAACUAUUUAGGCAGAGUUUUUAAUUUUAUUAUUUUUUAACUCAAUGGGGGACAUUUAUCAUUGAGUUUACCCCUUUUUGUUUAGAUAUUAAAACCUUAAACCUAAACCUAAAACCGCAAAGGCAACAAAUUUUGCACAAAUAUAGAACACCGAGGAGUGCGCGUACAAAUGUGUCAGACAGUAAAAACUUGAAGGAAUCUCUGUUUGAGCAAAAUUUAUGAACAAGCUGGCGCACGGUUGAUAAAUUUUGGACAGACAUGCAACACAUAGAAAGCGCUAACCGGGUUUAAAGGGGUACUCCCGUAGAAAACGUUUUUUUUUUUUAAAUCAACUGGUGCCAGAAAGUUAAACAGAUUUGUAAAUUACUUC